AUGUGCAGAUCACAUCGCUUGGGCCUGAUUGGUGUAUACUUGAACGCUAAGCCGAAUAGCAGUAGAACGGUCGAGUUAAACGUUACGAGGAUGUCUGCUGCGAGUGAAGAUGACGUGGUGGUUACGAUCGAAGACAUCGAGCGACUCGGAACCUCUAACUUUAAUGCAACCGGCCGGGCCUUUUACAACAGCGGUAUCGGACUGGAGCAGACACUUGGGGAGAACGUCGCGGCUUUCUCCAGGCUGCGCCUGCGGCCGAGAGUACUCCGCAAUGUAGCUCAAAGGAGGAUAGAAGUAACCCUCCUGGGAGACCAGAAGCUGUCCAUGCCGGUUGGAAUCUCUCCAACGGCGUUCCAAAAAAUGGCACAUCCGGACGGAGAAAUUGCCGUAGCGAAGGCGGCCCAGGCUGCUGGAACACUCAUGACGCUGAGCAGCUUCAGCAACGACUGCCUCGAAGACCUGCAGCGAGGAGCUCCAGGGGGACUCCGCUGGUUCCAGCUGUUCUUGUUCAGGGACAGGGAGUUCACUAGGGACCUCGUGAAACGCGCUGAAAGGUCCGGCUACCGCGCCGUCGUGCUCACCGUCGAUAUGCCCGUGAGAAAGACGCCUGACUUUGCCAAGAUGUCAGACUUCUGCAUACCGGAACACGGCAACUUUUUGGGAAUCUCCAGGCACGAAGACGCAAACCCAAAAGUGGCGGGCUAUGAUGACCUCCACGAUCCUUCCGUCACCUGGGCGGACGUCACGUGGUUGAGAAGCAUCACGAAGCUACCUGUGGUUGCCAAAGGAAUUUGUACAGCCAAAGAUGCAGAGGAAGCCAUUCACUACGGAGUUUCAGCGAUAUUGGUUUCUAAUCAUGGAGGAAGACUCCUGGAUGGAUUACCUUCGACAAUCGAAGCCCUCCCUGAUAUCGUGAGUGCAGUCCGUGGCCGAGUCGAGAUCUACAUUGACGGCGGAGUCCGUCGAGGCACUGACGUGGUCAAGGCGCUGGCUCUCGGAGCCAAGGCAGUGUUUAUUGGACGCCCAGCCCUCUGGGGGCUAGCGUACAACGGUGAAGCGGGCGUGCGCCAGGCGCUCGAAAUCUUCAGGGAGGAGCUGGACCGGGCUCUCGCAUUGAUGGGAUGCUCUUCUCUCGACCAACUGCGACCCGAAAUGGUUGUUCACCAAAGUUAUUUCUACCGGCUGCCGCAGACAGAGGCACGGAUUCAAAAUGCCUGCCACUAA